AUGGUCAAGAUUGGUGAAAUUAACCGUACAUCAACAUUUGCAUGGAGUCUGGAUGCCUUGCCUCUUUUGGCAACAGGUACAGUUGCCGGAGCUGUUGAUAUAAAUUUCACUUCCUCAGCCACUUUGGAGAUUUGGGAGAUAUUCUCACCUACAAAGAAAAACGAACCUAUUUUCACUGCUUCUGUCGAACACAAAUUUUAUGCAUUGGCAUGGUCAAAGCCAUUCGAAAAUAGACCUAAAGGAUUGAUUGCUGGAGCAUUUGAAGAUGGAACAGUUGAGUUUUGGGAUGCAGAUGUGUUGAUCAAAUCCAAAAAUCUUAAAAAGGCUUCUGUCCACAAGUCAACUAAACACUCUGGAGGUGCGGUAAAGUCCUUGCAAUUCAACCCCAUACAGCAUCACGUUUUAGUAACCGGAGGCAGCAACGGCCAGAUAUUUGUUUGGGAUACAAAGACUUUUGGCGAACCUUUUUCUCCAGGACAAGCAAUGACUCCCAUGGACGAAAUCAGCUGUGUUGCAUGGAAUAACUCAGUUAGUCAUAUCUUGGCAAGCACUGGUAAUAGUGGUUACACUUCUAUCUGGGACUUGAAAUCCAAAAAAGAGGUUUUGCACUUGUCGUACACUGGAGCAACGGGCAAGGCAAAUUUUUCGCAUGUCGCAUGGCAUCCAACCAAAUCGACCAAGUUGGUAACAGCAAGUGAUAGUGAAUCUUGUCCAGUGAUUUUGACUUGGGACUUGAGAAACUCCAAUGCUCCAGAAAAAGUUAUGGAGGGUCACAAAAAGGGAGUCUUGUCUUUGGAUUGGUGUAAACAAGACCCCGAACUUUUAAUCUCAAGUGGCAAAGAUAAUGCUACAAUCUUGUGGAACCCUAUUGAAGGUAAAAAAUUGGGAGAAUACCCAACAACUGCUAAUUGGGCAUUCAAGACAAGAUUUGCACCUUCUGCGCCGGAUAUUUUUGCAACUGCUUCAUUCGAUGGUAAAAUUAUCGUCCAAACAAUUCAGGAUACUUCGCCACCGGUAUCGACAAAAGUCUCAGCAUCGCAUGACGACAAUGAAUUUUGGAGUGAGCUUUCAGUGACCGAAACACAGCAACCCGUCUUUGAAGUAAAGCAAGCUCCCGUAUGGUUAAAAAACCCUGUUAGUGUCUCGUUCGGGUUUGGAUCAAAAUUGGUGGUUGUUGGGAAAGAUGCCAAUGGCAAAUCGACUUUGAAAGUGACUAAAUUCUUGGUAAAGGGGCACGAGAGAGCAGAGAAUUUACUCAAACAUUUGAAGAGCGAAAAUUACGAUGCAAUUGUUGAUUAUCAUUUACAAGGUCCAGCAAUUAAUGAACAGGACAAGUCUGAUUGGGAAGUCCUCAAGUCAUUGUCAAAGAAUGGAAAGCAAGGUCUUUUUGAUGAUGAGGAAGAUGGAUCGGAUACGACUGAAGAGAAAAAGAACUCUGCCAAUAAAGAAGAUGCUGAUGCCGAUGCUACCACCAAAGACAAAGAUAUUGAAAACGGCAAGGAUGGCAAAGAUGAUACUGCAAAUGCUGCAAAUGACGGUGAUGGUGAUGACGAUUUCUUUGCUCAUCUUGGAAAUGGCUCUACGCGUCAAACCGUAGAAACAUAUUCCCCUUCCGGAGAUUUUGAUAUCUACAACUCGCAGACCUCUAAAAGUGACAAAAAGUUGACCAAAUUAAUUUUGAAAAAUAAGAUCGAUGAUGCAGUUGACUCUUGUCUAGAGCAGGAUAAUUUAUUGGAAGCUUUGGUAUUGGCUUUGGACAGUUCUGCUCAAGUGAAAGAGAAAGUCAAAAAUGCAUAUUUUAGCAAACAUAAGGAAAGUAGUUUGGCCAGAGUAAUUUAUAAUGCAACCGAGAAAAACGUGACCGAUCUUGUCGCACAUGCCAAUGUCAAAAAUUGGAAAGACAUUGCUCUGGGAAUUUCGGCGUUUGCAACCGACUCCGAGGAGUAUAGUUCCAAGAUCUCUGAAUUGGGAGAUAGGAUCUUGCAUCACGACAAGUCUGCUAGAGAUGAAGCUAUAACAUGUUAUAUUGCUGGUGGUGCUUUGGACAAAAUUGCCAAUCUUUGGUUGCAAGAAUUACCACAAUACGAGGCUGAUUUAUUGAAAACUGACGACAAAAACAUUUCCUCUCCAUCAGAGGCUCGUUUACAAGCAUUAACAAGCUUUGUCGAAAAGAUUGAGACGUUCAAGUACUAUGCGAAGUUGGGAUCGGUAUUGUCCGGUCCACUUGUUGAGCCGAUUUCGAAAACCAUCUUGGAGUUUGUCAAUCUCAUUUCGGGAGCUGGUGAAUUUGAAUUAGCUAAUAAGUUGUUGAUGUUAUUACCUGGGGACAUUGCUGGUGUUGAAAAGGAAAGAAUUUCUAAAGCCACUGGCAAAGAUACCAAACCUAUUGUAUCCGAAGGUUCUGCUGCUAGAGCUUCAGUUUCAUCAUCAAAAUACUCUAAAAUACCUAGAAAAUCUUUGACUUCUGCAAAUGCUAAUGCAAAUGCAAAUGCAAAUGUUAAUUCGAAUGCUUCUUCUACUGGGGCUUUGCCAACACCAGCUACAAACAUUCUCCCGCCCUUGGCAAAUCAUCACAUCCAAGGUCAAACGCCGUCAUUUGUGCAACCUCAACCACAGACUGCAUUUGGACAACUUCCUACACCUUCCACUUCUUCCGCUUAUCCAACAGCACCAGUUGCAAAAUCGAACCCAUAUGCCAAGCCUAACCCUUAUACACCAAACAAUAUCUACAAAACGUCUCCUGUUCCUCAACCUAGCGUUGCACCACAAGCCUCCUUUUCUGGAACUGCUCCACCUCCUCCUCCUGCAGUGCAAAAGGCGAAUAGCAAAGAAGGAUGGAACGACUUGCCAGAAACAUUUAAACUGAAGACCACGGCUCCACGUCGUGCAGCAGCUACAGGAACUCCUGCUCCUUUAGUCGCACCUGUGGCAUCCUUGGGAAAUCAACCGAAUGUUGCGCAACCUCAUUUCGGGCCACCAAAGAGAACAAUCUCGACCAACAGCUUUGCUCCACCUCCACCCAAAAGUGUUAGUCGCGCGUCAUCGAAAAACUCGGUGCCAGUAGCUGCUAUCGCUUCACCAAAGCCGCCUGCUCCACCAACUACCAAGUAUGCACCACCAGCAGGAAGCAGUCCUUUGUAUCAGCAAACUCCUUCCUCAAGUACUCCGCCAACGGCUAGCGCCUCUCCUCGAACUGUGAAGAAGAAUCCAUAUGCGCCAACUACUGAAACUAUACCUCCUAAGAUUUCAUAUGCUACCCCUCCUCCACAGCUGAUUGCUACUGGUCCACCAACACCAGUAGUUCCGCCACCAAAGAACCCAUAUGCCCCUCCACCUGCGGCAAAUACCAGCUACGGUCCAACUUCAGGAAUUGCACUUCCUAUUGCACCUCCGCAACAAUCAUUUGGUUCAGCCAUGCAGACUCCAGUGCAGCCAGCUUUCAAUGGGUUCCCAGCUCCUCCACCAACUGGUCCAUCGCCAGCCAUGCGUGCGCAGGUCAAAGAGCAACCACCCGCUAAAGAACCUACACCCGAAGUGAUUGCUCCAAAACAUCCAAAGGGGGAUAGAACACAUAUACCUGAAGAUGCAUUACCCAUUUAUGAGUUGUUGAGUAAAGUUGUUGAUGCAAUAAAACCUAACAUUCCUGAAAAGUAUGCUAGACACGGUGCUGAUAUGGAACAAAGGUUGAACAUUCUUUUUGACCAUUUAAAUAACGAAGAGCUCUCUUCUGCAUUGAUAGCAUCGUUGAAGCAAGUAAGUACUGCUUUGGAAAGUAAAGAUUUUGAGUCAGCAAAGGGUGUUGAUAUUGACAUUGCAACCAACUACAGCGAUGAAUUAGGAAACUGGCACACUGGUCUCAAACGACUUAUCACCAUGGCCGAAGCAAUGUAUUAA